AUCCCAUGCAUAUCCCUGAACAAACUGGUCCUAAAGGUUCCGAAUGUACAAACUCCUGUAUGCAUAAUCAGUAACUGAAUGCAUUGACUGGUAGCAUAUUUAUCCUACGUACGCAUUAAUGCAUAUUUAUUUUAAUAGUCUACUGUACAAUAUUUAUCACUUGCUUUACCAUGAAUGUGGCUACUCUCUGAUACUUGGACUGUAGUAGAUAUAUAUUUAUUUCAGACUGGAGUGGAUCAGGCGAUAUGUAUGUUUAUUUUGAUGCCAACUAAAGUUUCUCUAGUGGUUGAACAAACCCAUCUCAAGUUUGAAUAAAAUACUAUAUUUGAUAUUCAGGAGGGACAUAAUCUGCAUGGUGUCAUAUCUUUGCUUUUGUUCAAAAUUUUCAUAUCUUUAGAUAACAUAGUGUUGGUCAAUCAAUUUGUAAACAGGUGGAGUCUGAAAGCCAGUGCACAAGUCAGAUGAGAUUGUUGAUUGAUCAGAUUAGCAUACAACAAGGAAAAAUUGUUGCCUUAGAAGAGGCGAAGAAGCUUCAAGAUGAAGAGUAUGUUCACUUGAAGGCCCUAGUUCAAGAUCUUGAAAAAAAAGGUCUUCAGAGCUUGUUGAACCACUUAGAGGUACCUGUAGCAGCAGUUGUUAUAAUGGCUUGUAAUCGCCCAGACUAUUUACAAAGGACGGUUCAAUCUGUUUUAAAAUAUCAGACUUCAGUUGCAUCCAAAUUUCCACUAUUUGUAUCCCAGGAUGGGACAAAUCCAGAUGUUAAAAACGUGGCUUUGAGCUUUAAACAGAUCACAUAUUUGCAGCACUUGGAUUUUACACCUGUGCAUACGGAAAGGCCUGGAGAAUUAAUUGCAUACUACAAGAUCGCAAGACACUACAAGUGGGCCUUGGAUGAAUUAUUUAUCAAGCAUAAUUUCAAUCGAGUAAUCAUAUUAGAAGAUGACAUGGAGAUUGCCCCGGAUUUUUUUAAUUAUUUUGAGGCCACAGCUUCUAUACUCGACAGUGACAAGACAAUCAUGGCUGUUUCUUCUUGGAAUGACAAUGGACAAGUGCAAUUUGUGCAUGAUCCUAAAACUCUUUAUCGCUCUGAUUUCUUUCCUGGGCUUGGGUGGAUGCUAUCAAAGUCUAUAUGGGAUGAGUUAUCACCGAAGUGGCCUAAAGCUUAUUGGGAUGACUGGAUUAGGCUUAAGGAGAUACACGGAGAGCGUCAAUUUAUUCGUCCAGAAGUUUGUAGAACUUACAAUUUCGGUGAGCAUGGCUCUAGUAUGGGGCAGUUCUUUAAACAAUAUUUGGAGCCAAUCAAAUUGAAUGAUGUUCAUGUUGAUUGGAGGACAAUGGAUCUAAGCUACCUGACAGAGGACAAAUUUGUGAGACACUUUGCUAAACUAGUCGCAGAUGCCAAACCUGUUCAUGGUGGACCUGAUGCAGUUUUAAAAGCACAUAACAUAGAUGGUGAUGUACGGAUCCAAUAUAGAGAUCAAGCUGACUUUGAACAAAUUGCACGAGGAUUUGGGAUAUUUGAAGAAUGGAAGGAUGGCAUUCCCAGGACAGCAUAUAAAGGAGUUGUAGUGUUCCGGCAUCAAACUUCAAGGCGUAUAUAUCUUGUGGGCCCAGAUUCUCUUAAGCUACUUGGGCUUGAGGAUGCUUGAAAAUAAUGACACGUCAUUGGUUUGUUUGAGCUGUUCCUGAUAGUUUUUUCUUACAUCAAAAAAUUCUGAUUAAGUGUUCUCUUUGUAGAACUCAAGAUCUUAAGAUAUUGACCAUAGCAAAUAUCAACCGGGUCCAUUUUCAUAAUUGAGUACAAGGUGGAAGCAUGUCAAAAGAAGCUCAAGUUCAUUUAGAGGAACAAAAUACCAAGAAAGAAAGAUAGUUGGUAUAAUCGAAGGACUGAUAUAGAGAUGCUCAGACAACACAAAUGUAAUUGAAUGGCCAGCCAGACCAACGAGAUUCUUAUCAAACAUGUACAUUUUCUUUGUUUGUAUCUGUCAAUCUCUUUGCCAUGUAAUCUUAACAUUUCCAUGUCACAGCAUGACCCACAACUAGGUAAUCUUGCUGGGUGUAGGCUUACUGAUGAAUGUUGGAAGAAAAUGUAACAGUGGCAUGUGGGAAGCAAAUUUAUAUGCAUGGCAUCAAUUUCAUGAUCAGGGUAAAACUCUAAAUGAAGGUGCUGUAAUUUCUCUAUUGCUUGGUAUUAUGCAUGACUUUUUUCUUUAUGACAAAAAUAAACUUGGUCAUCUUGGAAAA